AUGAGCUCCCAAAACAACAAUACCAACCGCAGAGACAGCAAGCUUUGGAACAAAGAUGGUGUAAAUGGAGGUCUAUCUUCCAUUAUCAUCCUUGUUCUCUGGCUUUCUGAGGAAGCCAACUACAGGCGUUGGAAAGGAAGCAAUGCUGGGCAGGGUAUCAAAGACAGUCUUGAGGAAAACGAGAUGCCAGAGGAGGAGGUUGCCUCAACCAUGAGAGAGACAAUGAUAAGAAAGUUUCAGUACUUUUACGACCUGGAGCCUGUGAUGAGUGACAGACCAUCUGUCAUCCCUCCCUUUCCCAUCUCCUCCAAUGAGGAAGCUGAUGUCAAGAGUGCCUUCUCUCUUGACACAUUUGACACGUUUGACGAUGAGGAAGUCCUCAUGAAUGGCAGACAGGAGAUUAGCAAGUCGAGCAGCUUUGCUCAAAGGAGACUGUUUUCCGCAAUCUCUCAUGCUGCAUCAAACCGCCCUGGGAAGAAGGUCUGCAAGACCAUCGAUGCUGGCAUUGUGGACAUAGUCCGCAUGGCGGAAGAAAUGCAAAGGGAGAAGGUUCAGCAGUUCUGGCAGAACCUUGCUGCUGAAGAGGUCUUCCAGAAGACGCAGCUGGUGCUUGACGAGAGAAGGGUGGCCGUGGAGGAGAUGAGAGCUCUCACUGAGAGAAUCAGGGCAGACAGUGAGAGUGCCCAGCAUUAG